AUGUCCGAUGCAUACCCAGAAUAUAUCGAAGAAUUUAGUAUUGAAAUUUCAGAUUUUUGUCCAAUUGGACCAACAUGCCACAUACCAUUACCAGAAACAAUACCAAAACGAAAUAACGGAGUUAUAAAUAUGCAGAAUAAUGAUGAAUGGUGCUUUGGAUGGUGCGUACUUGGAGCCUUGCACCCAGUUAAAGACCAUCCAGAAAGAAAUCCGCACCGGAUAUAUGCUAAUUAUAUAAAUGAGUUAAAUAUGGAGGGCAUUCCAGUUCCUGUACCAGUCUCAACGCCAUUAUACCAAAAAUUCGAAGAAAAUAAUCCUGAAAUUAGUCUUUGCGUGUAUAAAUGGUCCAAUGAAAAUAAACAUCUUGAGUUCCAGUAUAUAUCAGAAAGGAGAAAGAAAAAUUACAAAGAGGUUAAUCUUCUGGUUAUCUCAGAGCCAGAUGAAAUAGAAAAUCCGCGCUCGCAUUAUUGUAUUAUUAAAGAUAUCCAUAGACUGGUUUAUAACCAUAGUAAGCAUAAAGAGCGAAAAUACCUUUGCCGAUAUUGUCUUCAUGUAUAUUCAGAUGAAAAAGGGCUUAGAAAUCAUAAAUGUUCAGGAUUAAACGGUGCACCACAAGUGCCAAAAGUCCCCAAACUAUAUAAGUGCACCAAGGCAUUUGAUAACCACAAAUAUAUGCAAACAAAUCCAUACCGAAUAUUUUGGGACCUUGAAUGUUUAACUACAAAAUUAACUCCGGAAGAAGAUGCCCAAUUAACCCGCACUGAAAAAAUUCAGAGGCAUAUACCUUGUGGAUAUAGUUAUGUAGUUAUUCGUAUGGACAGUUUUUGUAAUUAUGAAAUAACAAGCUAUGAUUUAUAUAGAGGGCCUAAUGCAUUGGAAAAAUUCGUAGACAAAUUAGAGCUAGAACUAGCAGAUAUUAAUUUAGAUUUAUCCGCACCUGCCGAAAUGGUUAUUGAACCUGGGGACUAUACAAGGCAUAGAAUGGCAACGGAAUGUUGGAUUUGCAAGAAAGAAUUUCCAAAUCAAAAUAUGCUCAAAACAAUGGUUUGUUGCCCUAAUACCGGAAAUUAUAAAGGAGCAUCACACCAAGGAUGUAAGCGAAAAAAUGAAAUAAUUGGUCCAAAAUGGUAUCAACAGCCUAGUAUUCCAGAUAAUGGAAUAUUCAAAGAAGCGUACAAAUUACCUCUUGAAUGUCAUAAUUAUCGAGGAUAUGAUUGCCAUAUACUUAUGGAAAUUGUAGCUAAAUUUACAGCAGAUAAAAUAAAAUGUAUUCCAGAAAACAUAGGAAAAUAUAAGGCUAUGGAUGUGGGCCAAUUGCGCUUUUUAGAUAGUUUUCAACAUAUGUCUAUGGGCCUCGAAAAACUUGUUGCAACUAUGGAUGGCAAUCUAGAAAAGUUUCCCCUAACUAUAAAGCAUUUUACCGAUAAAGGCUAUACAUUAGACCAAAUCAAGUUUCUAUUUCGAAAAGGAGUUUUUCCAUAUGACUGGACCAAUUCUUGGGAUAAAUUCGAAAAAACGGCUUUACCGCGAAGAAAGGAUUUCUAUUCUAUACUUAAUCAGCAAAAUAUUAGUAAAGCGGACUAUUCCUAUGCCCAAGAAGUCUGGAAAAAAUUUGAAAUGAAAAAUUUUGGUGAAUACCAUGAUUUAUAUCUUGAAACAGAUGUACUCCUACUUGCCGAUGUAUUUAUGAAUUAUACCAUUAUGUGUUUGAAAGAUAAUGGCUUAGACCCUUCCCAUUACGUUUCAGCUCCUGGUAUGUUUAAUGAUUCUUUAUACAAAAGUAGUGGGGCUGAAAUAAAACUUAUAACAGAUAUGGAUCAAUAUUUGUUAGUUGAAAAAGGAAUCCGUGGGAGCAUGUCCAUGGUUAGCCAACGUUAUGCCAAAGCUAAUAAUCCGCAAUGUCCUGAUUAUGAUGAAAGCAAGCCGAAUUCAUGGGUUAUGUAUGUGGAUAUGAAUGCCUUAUAUUCUGGCGCCAUGACGCAAUAUUUACCAAUAGAAAGUUUAGGUAAGGUAGCCCCCGAGGAAAUUCCUAAUAUUUUAGAAGUUCCGAUUGAUGCUGAAGAGGGCUAUUUACUUGAAGUUGAUAUGGAAGUUCCGUUAAACUUGCACGAUUUAUUCAAUGAUUACCCAUUAGCACCUGAAAAAGGUGUUGUACUAAAAACUGGCUUAGCCCAUAUAAUGAAGACUUGGAGAAAAACUACUUCAGACGCUCCUGCCUAA